GCAGGGAGCUCUCAGAGUCCCUUCCCUGCAUCCAGGCCUUGGAGCAGAUUUCGGGAGGGUUGGGGAGCAUCGAGAGGCCACGAUGGGAGAUUUAAAUGAUUAGAUGCUCUUGCUGGUCUGGUUUUGAGGCACAAAUGGCUCAGUGGAUCCCCUCUGACGUAAAACCACAGAGCGUCGUGACACCUUCCAGACAAUGAAAUGCGCUGCCGUCCCUGCCCCUUCUGAAUUCGCACCCCGGCCAGCUGCUUCUCUUUACAGCAGAUCCACCUUAGUUCACUCUGGAACUCCAACCCUGGAAGAAGAAUGGCUGACACCGAGGAAGUGCAGGUGGAGGAAGCACAGGACCAUCUGGUUUCCCUGACAGGAGAGGGAGACAUCAAAAUCGAGGAAGAAGAGAGCAGUGAAGAGCUACAGGAUUGUCUGCCUUGCCUGGCAAGAGAAGGAAACAUCGAAAUCGAGGAGCAAAAAAGAAGCGAAGAUCUGCUGAGAGAGAUCGAAGCAGAGAGGAUGAAGAUUGUCAAGGAAUGGAAGGAGAUGCACCAGAUUCUUGACAAACAGCAGCAGGUCCUGCUGAGCUGGCUAAGGAACGAGGUUCUCCGAGUCUCCAGGGAGACUUCCCUCCGCAGUGAAUCAGGAAGGGAAAAGGCACAGCAGCCGUUGCUGGGUUUACACAGCACUGGCCGCAGAGAUGAUACGUUCUUCCCGAAACCACAGCCGGAUUUGGGGGAGCUGGAGCAGAAGCUGAGCGAAUUCUCCCACAAAAGGGCUGCUUUGCUGGAAACGCUGCUGGCAUUCAAAGAAAAUUUGCAUCUGGAGUUGAAGAAGAAUGGAGGAGAAGGGCAGGUGAGCAAAAUGGAGGAUGAGAAACUACCUGAAUUGGAAGCAGCUUCUGAGGGUGAACAUGGAUCUAAAAGAGAACAGAGGAAGGGUCUGGACAAAGGGGAGGAGGGGAAAUCUGUUCCCUGCAAAGAAAACAACUGUGACCUUGAUAGGCGCAAAAUUCAGCCAAGGACGCAACAGGUCAAGGAGCAGAAGGUGUGUGGUGUGUGCAGGAAGAGCUUCAGCCAGAGAUCAAACCUUAUCACACACCAGAGAACCCACACAGGUGAGAAGCCGUACAAGUGCGCAGAUUGCCGGAAGACCUUCCGCUUCCGCUCCAACCUCAUUACGCACUGGAGGAUCCACACAGGGGAGAAGCCAUUCAAGUGCCCACUUUGCGGGAAGGGCUUCAGCAACCAGUCGGGCCUCGUCAGUCACAAAGGGACUCAUCGGGAAGAGAAGCCGUACAAGUGUGCCGAGUGCGGCAAGGGUUUCAGCCGGAGGCCGGGCCUCAUUGUCCACGAGAGAACCCACACAGGGGACAAGCCGUACAAGUGCCCCGACUGCGUGAGAAACUUCAGCCAGAUUUCGGGCCUGAUCGCGCACGAGCGGAGCCACACAAAGGAGAAGCCGUUCAGAUGCAUGGUUUGCGACGAGUGCUUCAGCCAUGCCUCUCACCUCGCUCUGCACGAGAUGACCCACAUGGAACAGAAGGCGUUUGAGUGCCUGGACUGCGGGGAAAGCUUUGGCCGGAAGCUGGACCUCACUGCGCACCGCCGGAACCACACGGGAGAGACAUCGUACGAGUGCGCGGACUGUGGGAAGCACUUCAGCCAGCGGCCGAGCCUGCGUGCCCACGAAAGGACCCACUUGAAGCUCUACCCAUGUGUUGAAUGUGGGAAGAGCUUCCGGAGCAGCUCCAACCUGAAGUCUCACAAAAGGACCCACAUCGGAGACAAGCCCUACAAGUGCUCAGCGUGUGGGAAAAGCUUCAAGUGGAGCUCUAACCUCAUUGCCCACGAAAGGGCCCACACUGGAGCAAAGCCUUACAGGUGCUCGGACUGUGGGAAAAGCUUCAAAGGGAGCUCUGAUCUUAGCAGACAUCAGAGAAUCCACACAGGAGAGAACUUGUGAGCAGCCCAAUCAUUAGGAAAAGUUCUUUUAAAUAAAUGGUGGUUUUGCAUAGCACUCUUUGUUCCCUGUUCGAGGGGUUAGUUGUUGUUGUUGUUGAUGAUGAUGUCAAUGCUGCUGCUGCUGCUGCGGACAGGCAUAUGUGAGUGUUGGUGUAUGUCAUUGUGGGACAGCAUCAUUAUAAAAUGGUGCUGUAGCAACUAGGUUCAA